UAAAAGAAGAGAUAUCAUAUUUAUGCUUUUGGUAAUUGGUUUUAUUAUUGGUCGUAGAACAGCAUUUUCUUUUAUAUACGGUUCAUGAGAUGGCAUGAGAUGUCCAUCGAAAUUAGAUCAAACUAGCGGCAUUAGUACUUAUGUACUUACUAUUUUCCGAGUUAUCAUUACUACAAAGGAAUUAUCCAUUAUGUAAUUAAGUUAAAAUAUAAUUUUAUAAAUAUGCCUAAUUAUGAUUUUGAGAUCUUCAUCGGCUCACAAGUUUAGUAACCAAAAAUAAAAUCAAGAUUACUCUUUAGUUAGUUUUUAGAAUUUAAUUAUGAUUAAGGAAGAAUAAAUGUUUGAAAAAUCACAGAAGAAAAAAGAGAAGAUAAGAGGAAACAAAGUAAAUAUAUACUGCAGGUCUCAUUAUUUUGUUUUUAGGGAGAAAACUUGAAAGCUUCGACUGUGACAACAAGCCGCACCUGUGCGUUUAUAAGUCACACUCGCUACUCCGCUCCUUCAACCACUCUCUCUCUCUCUGUUGGAUCGAUCAUGGCGAAGGACUGCGGCAUCCACGGUAAGCACAAGCGGCACAAGCUGUUUCUCCGGCUGUUGGCGGCCUUCCUGUCGCUGGUGGUUGUCCUCCUCCUCGCCGUCCUCAUCGUCUGGCUCGUCCUCCGCCCCACCAAGCCCAUGUUCUAUCUCCAGGACUUCUCCCUCCUCCAGUUCAACUUCACGCACGGCGACGCCGCCCUCCUCACCUCCGUCCUCCAGGUCACCCUCUCCUCCCGCAACCCCAACGGUCGCAUCGGCAUCUACUACGACCGCCUUGACGCCUACGCCGCCUACAAAGGCCAGCAGUUCACCGCCGCAACUUUCCUCCCGCCCGGCUACCUCGGCCACAACGACGUCGCCAUCUGGUCCCCUUACCUCUACGGCACCGCCGUACCCCUCGCCCCUUACCUCGCCGACUCCAUCUCCCAAGACGAGAGCGCCGGUUACCUCCUCCUCUACGUCCGCGUCGACGGCCGCCUCCGGUGGAAGGUCGGCACCUGGAUCUCCGGCCACUACCGCCUCCAGGCCAACUGCCCUGCUUUCCUCAUCGUCGACAGCGGCAAGUCACAAAGCGACGCCCCGGCGCCAAUCGUCCGCUUCCAGCAGAACACCGCCUGCAGCGUCGUUGUGUGACGAGGCCAUUGACGACCGUGACGACCAUCGACUGUGGCGGUGACGGUGACGGUGACGUGCUUCUACCUCCGUCGUCUUCUUUCACGUUUCCGUUUUGACGACGUUUUAGUGACCGUGGCUGGUCUGUUUUCUUUCUUACUUCUCUUCCUGGUAUGGUAGAUAGUAUAAUAUUAAAUAGGUAAUAUAUAAUCUUUUGACGCAGAAAUAAAG